CUUCUUCUUCAUCUAUGGCAUUUGUGUGUGAUAAGAAGGAGGAGGAGGAGUAAAGGAGGAAGAGGAGGGGGAGGGCGGGGGACCCCGUCGCGUUUUGACCCUCCGAAACCUCCCCGCACACCGCCACCAUCACUCCUCCUCUUGCUUCGCUCCUCUCCAGACUGAAAACACCAUCGCUCAUUCCCGGCAGUGACAUUUUCCAGCCUGUCGCCGUAUGCUGCGCGGACAGCGAGCGCAAGGAGCCAAAAAGCCAGGACGCUUUCCGUCUAUCUCCUCCAGACCAGCGAGCAUCCCGAGCACCGCAGCCCGGACCGAGAGGCGCAGCAGGCGGAGGCGAUUCGCUGCAGGAACCCGCUGCUCCUUCCACUCUGGACUAAACCGGACACGGCCCGGGCAGGACUGGGGACGGCGGCUCUGGCGUUUCGGAGCACCGGGGCGACGGACCGGGGCACAGCGUGCUGGACUAGCCGAGCACAGCAUCAUUCUCUACGGGGGAGGACUGGCUGUCGAGCCGCAUGGAGAAGAGGUAUGAAGAGCUGGUACACUACUCAGGGUCGGAGGGCAUGUCCAUGGGGGUGUACGGGGAAGAUGUCAGGCCGCUGCCUCCCCCGCAGUACGGCGCCCCGAUACCAGACUCCCUCAAACACCACAAAGACCAGAUCUAUGGUCACCCACUGUUCCCACUGCUGGCCUUAGUCUUUGAGAAGUGCGAACUGGCCACCUGCUCCCCCCGAGACUCCUCCUCUCUGUCCGCCAGCUCCCACCUCCCUGGCAUGACCAACCACAGUGACGUGUGCUCCUCCGAGUCCUUCAACGAUGACAUCGCUGCGUUCGCCAAACAAAUCCGAUCAGAGAAGCCCAUAUUUUCUUCCAAUCCUGAGCUGGAUAACCUGAUGAUCCAGGCCAUCCAAGUUCUUCGCUUCCACUUGCUGGAGUUGGAGAAGGUGCAUGAUCUCUGUGACAACUUCUGCCACCGAUACAUCACCUGCCUGAAGGGCAAGAUGCCGACGGACCUGGUCCUGGAUGAGAGGGAGGGUGGCUCCAAGUCUGACAUGGAGGACUUUGGUGGCUCCUGCACCAGCCUGUCCGAGCAGAAUGCGUCUUGGUUACGUGAGCCGGACGAAUGUGCCACGACUCCGCUGGGGACCCCAGGAAACUGUGGACUCCCCUCACACAGCACGGGGGACAACUGCAGUGACACAGGUGAUGCUUUGGACGGAGGCGUGGCCUCCCCCAGCACUGGCGAUGACGACGAGUCGGACAGAGAGCGCAGGAACAACAAGAAAAGAGGCAUCUUCCCCAAAGUCGCCACAAACAUCAUGAGGGCGUGGCUAUUCCAGCACUUGGCGCACCCGUACCCCUCAGAGGAGCAGAAGAAGCAGCUGGCCCUGGACACUGGACUGACCAUCCUACAGGUCAACAACUGGUUCAUCAACGCCCGCAGGAGAAUCGUCCAGCCCAUGAUCGACCAGUCAAAUCGCUCAGGUCAGGGUGGUCCCUACAGCCCGGAGGGGGCGGCUCUCGGGGGCUACGGACUUGACGGACAGGGACAUCUCGGCCUACGAACAGCAGGCCUUCAAGGGAUGUCCUCCUUGCAAGGCGACUAUCCCGGCGCUCUUCUGUCCCAGCCGGGGUAUCCACCACACCCGGGCCCUUCCCUCCACCCCUACCCGGGCCCGCACCCCCACCCCGCCAUGCUGCUGCACCCGCCUCCACACGCGCACCCCUCAGAGCCGCUGCUGGCACAAGGACUGGACAUUCACGCGCACUAGUUGCGUGCGGCUGUGGACUAUUUCAACAAAACGACGCAUCGCUCUGAAAGUUUACAUUCCCCACUGAGAGACUAUGACUUCAAUGUAGCUACACACACACACACACUGACACACACAUACACACACACACACACACAUGGUCAGCACCCACAGGUUUAAGCCAUACCUCUCUCAGAGUAGAAGUGCUUCCUCUUCUCCUACGUCUCCACUGUGUCCUGUGGGUGAGACAGAUGCUUUAAACUCCAUUUCCCAUCAUGCCUGCUGAACGAACGACAACGAAGACAGAAACCACGCCGACGUUGCUGGACCGACUCAGUGACCACGCCUUCUCCUCUGCUCCUUGUCUUCCUGAAGAACACCCACGCCCUCACGAUUAAUUUAAUUUUAAGUUUAUAUUUUUGUAUUUAUGUGCCACUUCGGACGCUUCCUGCGAGCUGGCCGAAACAUUAGUGCUCUUCCUCAGCAUGAUGCUACACAUGAUGAAUGACUUCCAGUUUGCCUCACUCCUGUACCACUGACCUCCUUAAGACGCCAACAGGUGUCCGUUAUCUCUUCCCACACACACAAACACACACACACACACACGCAUAAAUACACUCACAGUCACACACAUGCACACACUGAAAGCCAUGACAUACACACACUUACAAACAAACACACCAGUCAGCAAGCAUUUGUACAUCUGUUUGUGCGUCUCAGCAGUGUGAGGGAGCUGCAGCCAAAGGACUCCAUUAUCUUCUGCUCCCUCCUUCGCUGCUCGCAGACUCUGAAUGAUGUUGGGAAAUACAGUUAAAGUAUUA